ACCUAUGUACGCAUCUGCUCGGGCUAGACUGAGCUACUGCACCUCUCAGACACUGACCUCGGGAGGAGCCAUGCCAUCCCGUCCCAUCCCAUAUCGACGUCGGCCCAACCUCCGCUAACCUCACCAACUUACUCUCACCAAAAUUUUCGCCCGAACGCUCCAUCUGACGGUUACAUUGGAUGGCACAGCAAGUCGUUCCACCGAAGGCGCCUUGCUGACAUGACAUGGUCACCACGGCAUUGUAUUCCUCGAAUUUUCACGCCCACGUUUCUCCUUACUUCUUCGCAGACAGCCGAAGAAGACAGCCCGUUACAAGCCGUCGCCCAACCCAACCCCACCACUCUUCUGCUGGUGCCACUGUCACUGUCACUGCAGUCACAUCCGCCCCUCCCGCCAGCCGUGGUCCGGACCUCUGCUGCAUGGAUCUUCACAGACGAGCCUCAGCCAGGCGAGCCACGUUGCACCUCGCUGACCGGGGGUUUAAUGGCCGAUGAGAAACAAACCGCACUUGCCUCCAACCCCCACCAUGAACAUGCCAACCGCCGGUGAGCGUCUAUCGAAGGGAAGUGCCAGUCAGCAAGUGGCCAUGUGCACAAGCAUAACGGUCUCUCGACGCCGUCUAACUACUUCUAGCCAAACCGCGGCUUCUCCCUUGUCCACCCUCCAUCUCUUCGAAUAACACGAAUGACGGGAAGAAGGUUGGGUUUACCCUCCAUUUUGUUCCAAGAACCACUCUUCCGCCGGCAAUCGUUUCCUUAUGUCUCGCCAGGCGCG